CCUGAAAACUUGACCUGUUGGGGGCUCUUGAGGACCGCGCUUGAGAGACACUGAUCAAUAUCAACUUUUUGAUGUCUUCUAAUGAACCUCUUCUGUUUGUUUUCCUUUAGGUGGUCCUGGCAUCAGUCCCUGGUCAAGACACCUACAUGGCCAUAAAAAUCGUCAACAAAAAAGAGGACAACAAGGAUACCAUCAAGAGAGAGCUGCGGAUACUCCUGGCGGCCCGAGACUGUCCGUUUCUAUGCCACCUCUACGCCGCACAUCAGUCUUUGGAGCGUGCCUACUUCAUCACAGAAUAUCUGUCUGGCGGCAGUCUGGAGGAUUUGAUCAGGGUGUGCGGCUAUCUGGACAUCGACAACAUAAGGUUCUACGCAGCAGAGAUGGUAUGUGGGCUCCAGUUCCUCCAUGGACAGAACAUCGUCCACAGAGACCUCAAGCCGGAGAACAUCAUGUUGGAUGCAGAAGGCCACAUCCGCAUCAUUGACCUGGGCCUGGCACAAGAUGGAGUCACCGCCUCCAGUAGGAUCGAUGGAGUGACAGGAACAUUCUACUACAUGGCCCCGGAGGUGCUUCUCGGGAAGGAGUAUUGUACAGCAGUUGACUGGUGGAGCCUCGGGAUUGUGUUGUGCAGGAUGGCAACAGGACGCUUCCCAUUUUACAUUGGCCACAGCAAGCAGAAGGUUUUCAGAGCCAUCACCAGAAAGGAGCCGAAAUUUCCACCCGGGCUGGAUGCUGCUAUUGAACAUCUCAUCACUCAACUGCUACGCAAGAAUCCGGACAAGCGCCUGGGGGUGCGAAGAAACAUCCGA